CCUGGCUCUUGCGCAUGCGCGUCCCUCACGGCGACAGGGAGAGAGCUGACUGACUGUGGGUUACCAUUACCAGUGCUGGCAAAUGGGGGGCACUGAGAGCACCGGCGGCAGGAAGGUGUCCUUCGGGAUGGAUGAGGAGGACAGGGUGCAGGUGCUGCGAGGACUCAGGCUUUCUGACGAUGUUGUCAACCGGAUGAAAGAGUCUUCGACGAAAAGGAGGGAGCAGAACACAUCUCCCAAGUCAGAAUCUCCGCCGUAUCCAGAGUCUUUCACCAGGGGCGAGACUGCACCCAGUACAGCAGAAGUGAAGGCCAAAGGCCAAGGUAUUCCGAGUCCAGCUGCAGGAGGUAGCAAACGACAGUCCACGUAUGCAGAGGAAGACCUGUACAGGAGGUAUGAGCGAGAACAGGCCAUUAUCCAGGAAGAACUGGCCCGUAUCGCCUGGAAAGAGCGGGAGGCAGCGCAGGAUAAGUACAGCUCGGCUAUCCUGCGUGAGAAGAACUACACCAGCCAAGAGCGCAGGAAAGCAGAACAGUUGCCGCCGGAUUUGGAUGAGCGGGCCAAGGAACUCAAACGAAAGGAGGAAGAGCUUAAGAACCUAGAUGCUUUCCAUAAGGAGCAGCUGGCCAGCAUUGAGAAGAAGAACCUGGAGAUUUACAAGCUGACCGCGGCACAGUUCCACACUGCCGCAACCAACGCCGAGCUCCGAGUGAAGAAGAGAAGCUACGACCCGGUGUGCAUGGAUCUUCAGUCCAAUAUCCUGAAAUGUUACACAGAAAACCCUCAGGAGCUGCUGAGUUGCAGCGACCUAGCCAAGGAGUACCGAAGCUGUGUGAGGGAGGCGCAGAAGAACCUACUCUUCCGUCACGGCUAACACGUCCAUCGCAGGAAAAGAAGAAGAUCGUACGGAAAAUGGACGACAGAGGAAUUUACAAGUUGGGAAAGUUUUGAAUAAUAGUAAAGAUGGAAAGUUACGAUAUAUAUCCUCUGUCCAAAAUGUAAGGUUUGCCAGAUGCAUACACGGGGUGAAGGCGGCCAUUUUGCCUGUUGAGCCAUCCUAAUAAUUCACUGAUAGGCUGCAUUCUCAUAAAAUGGCCGCCUUUAGUCUGAGUAGGUGAGACUUAAACAUGCCUCUAUGCUUCUCAUCAUAACUCCUGUUAUUAAGUCUACAUACAAUUUAGUCUCUGUCUAUAUGUGAUGCAUUCCAAACAAUAAAAGAAAAAGAGGGAUUGGAAAACCUUAACUUUGUCUCCUCAGGAUCAACACGUUGUCGCUCACAUUUUCAGCCAAUCACAGAGAUGUUUAAUAAACAUCUCUGUGAUUGGCUGAAAAUGUGAGUGACAAUGUGUCACAUUGUUUAUUAGCCAUUCCCGUAGUUUACUCUUCAGAAUAAACCUUGUUCUAGUGAUGAAUCCUCAAUAUAAACUAAUUAUGAACAGAAGAUGAAAUUGUAUUCAGUAAUUGUAGUUAUUUCUUUUAUAUUUUCUGCGUAUGUAUAGUGAUAACAUUGAAGGGCACUCAUGGUGUAAUACUUUCACUCCAAAUAUAUAUUGUUAAUAAACCUAUAUCUGCAUAUGGACCCAAACUUG